CAGGGUAGUUGUGCUCGCUCGCGCCGGACUCAGUGUCAGAGAAGGAGAAUCACGACGAAGAUGGUCUCAAUAUGCGGAGUUCCCCUCGCGGAUAGCCUCUGUUGGUACUGAUUCGGAGUGUUCUCCCGGAUAGCUCUGCUUCGAGGAGUUGCUUCGUAUUCGGAAUGAUGCUAUGAAGACCACCAGAGAUGACUGAUGUGGAACCUGUUGUCUCGGACUUUGCAGCCACGGGCAGGACUGGCCGGCGGAAUGCAUUGCCAGAUAUUCUAGGUUCCACUGCUGGUUCAGGAGCCGCUGACCUACCUGAUAAACUAGCCGAGCUUUCAGUAGGAGAUGAUGGUGAACAGGGCGGAGAGAGUUCAUCCUCGACCGACCCACCUAAAGAAGCCACAGGGGAGACAAAGACAGAGGGCUCAUAAUUCGACACCAACAUGAGAGACUCGUGGCACGUGACCUGCCUCUACUCUUGGCCCAGUGACCAAACAACUGUUACACUCUGUGCUAUGCAACAUCAAGACCACCUGUGAUUGGCAUUCAGGCAUGCAUGGGUCAGCAGGAAACCGCUCAUUCCCAUAGAGGAACUCAUCUGAAGUCAUGUUUAUCAAAUGGAUACGAUUGGUCAUUUUCACCUCAAUGACUUUGACUUCUUUUUCCCAAAGACUGUCACGAUUUUCUUAAUGAUCGGCCGUUUCGUGUGUCUUAUGAAAACAGACGUGACCUGCUUUCCCAUUUCAAAGGAACAUUUUGUUUAGUUAUAAGACUUUCCAUCAUAGCAUUUUCUCUGAAUGUUGACAUGUAGUGGCAAUGUCUCUUUUUGCACAAAAAAAGGUAAAUACAUUCCAUUUGGUGAUGUAAGUAAACUUUUUUUUAUCUUACAAUAUUUGUCCUUGUACAACAUCACAUCUGUGUUUUGUAUUGUAAAGAUAUGCAUUGUUAACAUUCUAGCCAGAGGAUAAGAAACAGUGCUGAAUAACAUGAAAUAUGAUAUUUUCUUCUUGUAAAUAGAGAAUUGUACAUUAUAUUUGCUAGUUUUGUUUAAAAGCCUUCCUUUCUGUGCUGUCAGUGUUGCCCUGCGUGAGCUGGAUUUGGAUUGUUAGCUGUCUGAUGUAUCGCUGCAAACAUUUGUAGUCAUCUUAAGUGCUUGUCUCAGAUAUUUCUUUACUGUUGUCAAUGGCAAUGAUUGUGGAGACGUGUUGUUCUUCCUCUCUCGUCUUUUUCGUCAUGCUUCUGCCAGAGAAUUGCAUUUUUAUUUUAUUUUUUACCUGCCCAUAAAUCUUGUGUUAUUUUGUCUGAUGUAAGCUACAUAUAAAAUGGCAUUCUGCUAUGUUUAAAAAUUACAAUAAAUCCCGUGCUUAGUUUUA